UCUUUAGUGGCUGCUCCAUUUUCAGAGAGAGCGAGAGGCUAAGAAAACCCUAGCAAUGGCGCCCAAGCAGAGAACAGCAAAGGUGAGCAGAAACCCUGAUCUGGUAAAGGGUAUCGGUAAGUUCUCGAGGUCGAAGAUGUAUCACAAGAGAGGUCUCUGGGCUAUCAAGGCCAAAAACGGCGGCGUCUUUCCUCACCACGACCCCAAGCCUAAGGCCCCUGCUCCAGUAGAGAAGCCACCCAAGUUCUACCCGGCUGAAGACCUUAAGAAGCCGCUAGUCAACAAGCGCAAGCCUAAACCCACCAAGCUUAGGGCUAGCAUUACCCCAGGUACAGUGUUGAUCAUCCUGGCUGGAAGGUUCAAAGGAAAGAGAGUUGUCUUCUUGAAGCAGCUUUCUUCUGGCUUGCUUUUGAUCACUGGACCCUUUAAAAUUAACGGUGUUCCUCUUAGGAGAGUUAAUCAGUCGUAUGUUAUUGCUACUUCCACCAAGGUUAACAUCUCUGGUGUAAAUGUUGAUAAGUUUGACGACAAGUACUUUGCCAAGGUGGUUGAGAAGAAGAAAAAGAAGGGUGAAGGCGAGUUCUUUGAGGCCGAAAAGGAGGACAAGAAUGUGCUCCCACAGGAGAAGAAAGAUGAUCAGAAAUCUGUAGAUGCAGCACUGAUCAAAUCGAUUGAGGGCGUCCCUGAUUUGAAGGCUUAUUUGGCUGCAAGGUUUUCUCUGAAGCAAGGCAUGAAACCUCAUGAGCUCGUUUUCUAGAGUGAACAAUUUUCAGAAGUAUUAUUAGGAUUGCUUUACGUUUUCCUACUUUGUUAUGUUUGUUUUAACUUGGGUUUUAGAAAUGUACUCAGUUGAGUUCCAUUGGUAAUAGACACCUAAAUUUUUUGUGUUACUCAAGGCAUUGCAAUGUGGAAGGAGUUUCCUUAUGUGUUACAAUGAACUUAUAUACUCCAUAAAAUUUGAGUCUAUGAUACGGGCAUGUAUUCUAA